GUUGAAAAGAAAACACCCCAUGGCCUGUCAUAACACAAAAGCAAAAGAAAGAGAUGACUUCCACAAGCACCCAUGAACUAACCCUACCUUUCACCUUACCUCUGACUUCUGAGUUCUGACCAUGAAAGUAAAAAUCUUCACCUUCCCUCUCUCUUACUGCCAAAUCCUUCUCCCAUUCGCCUUCCUCUCAAGUCACAUCCCUCAAAUUUUCUCCAAUAACUUCUCUUUCCAGUCCCAAUUCCAUUAGAGGAAUUAUUCCAUCCGUCCCAAUACGUUUAAGCCUUCUUCUCUCUUUUUAUUCCACCCACCGAGCCAAAAGUUGCAGCGGCAGCAAGAGUGGGAAUCCACCAUCGGCACCGAAGAGAGCACUUGCAACUGGGUUCACUUUGAUUUCCUUAUUGGAGCUUCCACGCCCUCCAAAUAUGAAAGUAGUGUUUUGGUAGUAUGGCGCUGCUACACAAUGGAGAAGACUGGCGCAAGUGGACCGAUGAUGAGCAUGAACUCUUCUUCUCCUGUGAGAUUGGGCAUCUCAGCUUUGGUACUGAUGCUCAAGAACUCCUAGACCAACAGUUUUUCCAGAGGAUGACUGGGAGAGGCGAUCUUCGUUGGAACUUUCCUAGCAGAGCCACGGAGGUUCGAGAUGGAGGACGGGAUCUGACCGGCGAAGCGAGAGAGGACGAGGGUGCAAAGGGCGAUUACAUCGGCGGGUGUUUGAGUUGCAGAGACGCAGGUUGCAAGGUGCUUUUCCUCUAUUGAUUUUCUCGAUGUACUCACUAAUUCAUUUAUCACAUACGUUCUAUGAGACUUAAUGUGCUUGCAUUGCUGCAUUUUUUGUUUCGGUUAAACAAAAUCGCCAUCCUUGCUGCUCGGUAUGGGUUCCGAGAGGAGUGCCGGAUCUCUAUGUAGUUCAAAGUUUCAUAACCUUUUCCGAAUUGAUUGGAUUUCAUGGAUUUGUUCGCUUCGCCUCUCAUCUCUGGACCUUUUAGCUUCCAUAUGAAACCAAUUAUUUACCAUCAUUUGCUUUUACAGGUCGGGCCCUGUAAUAUAAGUAGGAUUUCACU